GUGAAAGAGAGGGUGCAGUAAACACGCACAGACAGAGAGAGAGAGAGAGAGAGAAAGAGAGAGACCGAACUGCUGAGAGAAGGGAGAAGUCUCAACACCGGGGAACACUACACCUCCACACAGAGGGAAUCCUGUUCAUACACCUCCAGACAGACAGCCCUCCUGUAGGAUGAACUUUGCUGCCCAGUUCCUCUACUCUCGCUCCAAGAAGAACGACAACCCAAGAGAAACUUCAGAGGAUGAGUACGACCCCUUCUGGCAAAGUGAUGAGGAGCGCAGUGCAGGCAGUAAGCAGGACCCCCCAUGCUGUGAGGGGCUGUGCCAGAACGAUGGUCCAAUCAGGAAUGGCCACACACCCCAUCGCUCUGCAUCCAUUGCCCCUGAGAGGCUGAAGGAUUUCGGGGAGGAGGAUUACCUGAACGGGGACGUGAAGACCUGGGAGAUGAAGAUCGUGGGGCGCCCUGAGCGCCUGCUGGGGGAUGCUGCAGAACCCCAGAAACCAACUGAGCCCCGUCCCACCUGUGCACAGAACCCUCCUGCCUUCAUCCGCUUCGAGGACAUCAGCGCAGCAGCCUUCAAGAUCCAGUGUGGGGUUCAGAAAACACCGUGCACGUACUCGAGGCUCUCAAAGCAGUACGGUGUUGAGCUCUUCCUGAAGAAGGAGCACCUGCACUACACAUGCUCAGUGAAGGAGCGUGGCGUGCUCUACCUGCUGACAUCACUGCGCCAGGACCAGCAGAAGAAGGGUGUGAUCGUGGCCUCAGACAGUAACUUCUCCAUGGCGGUGGCGCACCAUGCCUCAGAGCUGCGCAUCCCCGUCUUCGUCAUCAUGGCAGCCAACACGUCUCCCUCGCGCCCCAAGACCUGCCGUGAGUACGGAGCCAUGGUGAUCUCGUAUGGGAGCACCCCGCGAGACUCACAGAGACACGCUCAGCGCCUCGCUCGCGAGAACGGAUACCUGUACUUGGAAGAGGAGGACAGCGCUGCGUACCUGGCAGGCCUGGGCACUAUGGGGCUGGAGAUGUAUGAACAGGUGCCCAAGCUGGACGCAGUGAUCCUGCCAGCGGGGGGACACUGCGGGCUACUGGCUGGGACGGCAGCCGCGCUCAAACACCUGAACCCCCGAAUCACCGUCAUUGGGGUGGAGCCAGAGGAUUGCCCUCUCCUGCAGCAGUCUCUGAAGCUGGGCUACCCUGUCAAGGAGCUCCACAGCGCCGCCAAUAGGAAGCUCUACGGAGAUCUGGUGGCCCCCGCCUUCGGUAACAAUGCAUUCCUGCUGGCCAAGAAGCUGGUGGACAAAGUCAUUACAGUCAGGGAGGAGGACGUGCUGGUCUCAAUGCUGCGGUUCCAGGAGUACGAGAGAGCCACCAUCGACGCCGAGGGAGCUAUCGGGCUAGCAGCCAUCCUCGCAGGGAAACUGCCAGAGCUGCAGGGCAAGAGGGUUGCUAUCACAGUGUGCAGUGCCAAUAUGGAGCUGCCCCUGCUUAGACAGUGUGUGGACCGAGCUCUGGCUCUGGAUGGCCGGGUCAAUAAGUUUGCUGUCCAACUGGGGGAGUGGCCAGGAGACACGGCCAAGCUACUGGACUUACUGGCCAGAGAGGGUGUGAGGUUGCUGGAUAUCAGUCACGAGAAGCAGUUUACGUCCUCCAGCGUGUUCAAUGUGCAGGUCUCAUGUGUGGUGGAGACGAGGGACAGGCAGCAGACAACUCAACUGCGCAACGUGCUGACAGAGCGAUACACCACGCUGUGCUGGCAUGAGCGAUGACCACCGGGGGAGCCAGAGAGACACACAGCAACACUGCACACUCACAGAGUGACACUGCACACACACACAGAGUAACACUACAAACACACAGUGCAAAAUUACAAAUAUGCACACACACAGAGUGGCACUGCACACACACACGCAUAACACUGCACACUACAGGUAGUAAUACUAUACAUACACAGUAACACUACACACUCACAGAGUGACACUGCACACAGAGUAACACACACACAGCAACACUAAAGAUAGUAACAUUGCAUACACACACAGUAACACUAAGUAUUAAACUAAUACAAAUACACUUCAGAAGAGAUUGUAUUGGCUUCAUGAUUUCAGAGGCCAGGUGAUGAAGGAUGACUGCAAUCUCAGGGUGAAUAUAAAUACUUUAGGUUUAAAGGGCUUUAUUUACAGUAACACUGCACACACACUUAACGCUGGCUGUGAUAGCAGAGCUGCUGUAGCACUUAGACACGCUAGCACGUCACUGGAUGAUAUGAUCCAGUUAUACACAAAAAACAAGCAUGCUUUUCACUGGCACUUCCUUAGGCUGACAGAGGCACAUUUAUUUAUUUAUAUUUACUGAACAUGUGGAGGGUAAACUGUAAGUCAAGCAGACAAACACUUCGACUGAUGUCGUCAGUUUCUUAUGGUUUUACCUGCAGAGUUUAUGAGUGACGUAUUUAAUAUUUGUAUUUAAUGUAUGUUCCGAGUACUGUAUGUACAUAUUUAUAAUCCAAUGUCUGAAUGUGGUAGAAAAUAAACAAAAACUUGAAAACCUU